AUAGGCAAAACCGCAUUCAACCAUCUUCACCAACAUUUGUCCAUCUCCAGCCCGUCCACCAACACCUCUACCACUCCGUCCAGCACUCACCUCACUGUCGCGGCCAUCUUCAGACUCGCUCUGCACACACCAGAACCAUCACUUUCGCAACUCUCCGACCGCCAUCAUGUCGAACCAGGACGCUCCCUACGACCCUUACAUUCCCAGCGGCCAGGCCGCACCCCAACAGGGCGGCAAUGCGAGGACCCAGGCACUGCAAGCACAAAUUGAUGACACUGUCGGCGUCAUGAGGGAGAACAUCAACAAGGUUUCCCAACGUGGCGAGCGCCUCGACGCCCUCCAGGACAAGACAGAUAAUCUCGCAGUCUCCGCCCAGGGCUUCCGCCGUGGCGCCAACAGGGUGCGAAAGCAGAUGUGGUGGAAGGACAUGAAGAUGAGAAUGUGCCUGAUUGGUGGUAUUGUCAUCUUGCUUAUCGUCAUCAUUGUUCCGUCAGUCAUGGCUGCCAAAGGCAAGAUUGGCGCUUAAGCAGCAACACUACUAUUGCUGCGUUAAUUGCAUCCACGUAACGACGACGAUCAAACGGUUCACGCAGACACACGGGCAGGGCCAGGCUAGCCCUGCUGAUCUUCCGUGGUCUAUAGCACAAGUGGAGUUGUGUGUUUUCGGUCUGACUGGGUUUUUGUCUUUCGCUCGCUUCAAUCGGCACUGAUACCCCUGGAACUCGAGCUGCGCCAGGGCAAUAAGGAAGCGGGAUGCCUUUGCAGGUUGCGGACCUCUAUGUAUGAAAUGCAAGGCGUUUUUCCGACUUAAUCAAGAUAUUAUGAGAAAGCUGAA